ACGCCUUUCUGCCUGUCUCGUCCCACCACCCAGGAGACUUAUCCUACCCUUUACUACCGCUUUUAAUUCACGAGAAUGCGCGAAGUUGUGUCCAUCCACGUCGGUCAGGCCGGUGUGCAGAUCGGCAAUGCGUGCUGGGAGCUUUACACCAUUGAGCAUGGCCUCAGCCCUGACGGUCGUCUCUCGGACGAUUCGCCCUCCAAGCACGAUGAUGGCUUCAGCACCUUCUUCUCCGAGACCUCGUCUGGCAAAUACGUGCCGCGUUCGCUCUACGUCGAUCUCGAGCCCAAUGUCAUCGAUGAGGUUCGCAACGGUCCUUACCGCAGCCUCUUCCACCCGGAGACGAUGAUCACCGGCAAGGAGGACGCGGCGAGCAACUACGCCCGUGGCCACUACACGAUCGGCAAGGAGCAGAUCGACGUCGUGAUGGACAAGGUCCGCCGCCUCGUGGACAACUGCAAUGGUCUGCAGGGCUUCUUCGUCUUCCAUUCCUUUGGUGGUGGGACGGGGUCCGGCUUCGGCGCGCUCAUCCUUGAGCGCCUGUCGACGGACUACGGGAAGAAGUCCAAGCUCGAGUUCAGCGUGUACCCUGCGCCGACCCUUGCGAGCUCCGUUGUCGAGCCCUACAACUCGGUCUUGACGACCCACACGACGCUCGAGCACUCGGACUGCUCCUUCAUGGUUGACAACGAGGCGAUCUACGACAUCUGCAAGAAGAACCUGAACAUCGCGCAGCCGGGUUUGACCAACCUCAACCGCCUCAUCGCGCAGGUCGUGUCCUCCAUUACGGCCUCGUUGCGCUUCGAUGGUUCCCUGAACGUCGACUUGAACGAGUUCCAGACCAACUUGGUGCCCUUCCCCCGUAUCCACUUCCCUCUCGCCACCCUUGCUCCCAUUGUGUCCGUCGACAAAGCGGGCCAUGAGAGCAACUCGGUUGCCGAGAUGACCUACUCGUGCUUCGAACCGGGCAACCAGAUGGUUAAGUGCGACCCGCGCGACGGGAAGUACAUGGCCUGCGCGCUGCUCUACCGCGGUGACGUCGUCCCGAAGGACACGAACGCUGCCGUCGCCUUGAUCAAGACGAAGCGCACCAUCCAGUUCGUCGACUGGUGCCCGACCGGCUUCAAGCUCGGCAUCUGCAACGAGCCUCCUGCGCACGUCCCGGGCGGUGACCUCGCCAAGGUCAAGCGCAGCAUGUGCAUGCUUUCCAACACGACCGCCAUCUCCAGCGCCUGGAGCCGCCUGGACCACAAGUUCGACCUGCUCUACUCCAAGCGCGCCUUCGUGCACUGGUACGUCGGUGAGGGUAUGGAGGAGGGUGAGUUUUCGGAGGCGCGCGAGGACCUUGCGGCGCUGGAGAAGGACUACGAGGAGGUCGGCAUGGACUCUGCCGAUGCGGAGGAGGAGGCUGCGGAGUACUAGAUGGUACCCGUGAAUACCUGGCGGAGUGCUAGAUGAUACCUGUCCGGUUACGCUUUCUCUGUCGCAUAGUUCUCGUCGCUCUCGUCUUUCAGCUUUGGAGGAUCUCCCCACUUGUACCACAUCAUUCUCCUUUAAUCCUGCACUAUUACCUUUACGAUUAUCACGCGUACUUCUGGAAAAUUGACGCUUUGUUUCUCUGAA